AUGAAUAUCUUUCUACUGGGAUUCUGGAUUUUAUGUGUCGUCUGUGCUGUUUUGUUUUUGUACACAAGAUCGACUUUGUCACCUGUAAACAAUGCAAGCUUCUCCAACUUUCAAAGAUCGUAUUUGGUGGUGUAUUUACUGGCAAUGGCUGGGGACUGGUUACAGGGACCACAUGUCUAUGCCUUGUAUGAAAACUAUGGAAUGACUCCCCAUCAGAUUGAUCGAUUGUUUGUAGCAGGAUUUGGUUCCAGUAUGAUGUUUGGUACCAUUGUUGGUUCUUUUGCUGAUAAAUAUGGGAGAAAAACAAACUGUAUUUUAUAUGGUGUAUUGUAUGGAUUGGCCUGUAUCACAAAGCAUUUCAACAAUUUCUGGAUUCUGAUGUUGGGACGUCUGCUAGGAGGAAUAGCUACCUCUAUAUUAUACAGUGCCUUUGAAUCAUGGUUAGUGUGUGAACACAAUAAGCGUGGCUUUGAGAGUGAGUUAUUAAGUAAUAUAUUCAGUAAUGCUGUACUAGGAAAUUCUCUGGUUGCUAUAUUUGCUGGUCUGGUAGCUCAAUAUUUCGCUGAUAUUUUUGGUUUCGUAGCACCGUUUGACCUAUCAAUGGGUGUAUUGACUAUAAUGGUUAUUAUAACUCUCAUGACAUGGCCAGAUAACUAUGGUGAUAAAUCUUCUAAUAUUAGAGAAUCAUUUCAUAAGGCAAUAUCUACUAUAAAAACAGAUCAGAAAGUUCUGUGUUUAGGUUUGAUUCAAGCUAUGUUUGAAGGGUCUAUGUAUAUAUUUGUAUUAGAAUGGACCCCAGCUCUCACCCCAAUGACAGAAGAUGGUCAUCGUGGUGCCAUUCCUCAUGGACAUAUCUUUGCUGCUUUUAUGGUAGCCAUUAUGAUAGGAUCAUCAAUGUUUAAAUUAUUGUCAAAAUUUACCUCAGUCGAGUCGUUCAUGAGAGUUGUAUUAUUCAUAUCAUCAUUAGCAUUGUUAACACCAAUAUUAUUUCAUGGGAAUCAAACUGUGAUAUUUAUUGGGUUUAUUGUAUUUGAAACAUGUGUUGGUAUAUUCUGGCCCUCUAUUGGUACACUACGUGGUAAAUAUGUACCUGAAGAAACUCGAGCAACUAUAAUGAAUUGUUUCCGAGUUCCAUUAAAUUUAAUAGUGGUUGUUAUUCUACUUCAGGAUCUAACUAUAAAUGUUGUAUUUGGUUGUUGUACAACAUUUUUAUUAGCAGCAGCCCUCUCUCAACAUUGGCUAUACAGGUUAGUACACUUUAUUUUAAUUAUUAUACUAUUAUAUUGUGGUCUGAAUUAUUUUCUUCCAAACUAG